ACUUGUGGGCUCCUGGUCUCACUGGGGCAUCCUGUUCCCAAACCAGAGCUGAUCUACCUACUGGAGCAUGGGCAAGAACUGUGGUCGGUGAACAGAGGCCUCUCCAAAAGCACCCAUACACAUCAAGUGAUGGUGGGAGAGACUCCAGCGAGAGGGAUGCAACCAACACACAACCUCAUCUGUUACAUUCCACUGCUUUGCCAUAUCCUAUUCUUUAGAAGCAUAUCAAGAGCCUGCAGCAUUCUGCCAGAGGGCAUCAUAACAGGGUCCCUACCUUCUCAGCACUCUGCCCUUCUUCAAGUUUGGACUCUCAAGGGGGAGGAAAGGAUGCCUGCUGCACGAGGGAAGUCCAAGUCUAAGGUGCCAGUGACAUUUGGGGAUUUGGCCAUCUACUUCUCCCAGGAGGAGUGGGAAUGGCUGAGCCCCAUUCAGAAGGAUCUGUAUGAAGAUGUCAUGUUGGAGAACUACCAGAACCUGGUUUCUCUCGGACUUUCCUUUCGGAGGCCAAAUGUGAUCACCUUAUUGGAGAAAGGGAAAGCACCUUGGGUGGUGGAGCCAGUGAGGAAACGCCGGGGCUUGGACUCAGGGUUUAAAUGUGAGACCAAGAAGUUACCUCCAAAUCUAGACAUCAAAUCUGGGCAAAGUAUCUAUCAGAAACAAGUUUCUGCAUCACAAAACAUUCCCACAGGAAAGAGAAGCUGCAAGAAAAGUUCAGUCCUGAUGAAACCCAAGAAUGUGCAUUCAGGGAAGAAAUCUUUAAAAUGUAGUGACUGUGGGAAAACCUUUGGUCACAGUUUAUCCCUUCAACUUCAUCAGAAAUCUCAUACUGGAGAGAAGCCUUAUGAAUGCAGCAGUUGUAGAAAAGCUUUCAGGCAGAUCUCAUCCCUCAUUCUUCAUCAGAAAAUUCACAAUGGAAGAAAAAGCUAUGAAUGUGAUAAAUGUGGAGAAAGCUUCAUUCAAAGAACAUCUCUUAUUCUACAUGGGAAAGUUCAUAAUGGAAAGGAAACUUUAGACUGUGGGAAGCCUUUGAGUCGGUGCCCACCUCUCACUGUGGGCCAGAAAAUUAAUUUUGUUGAGAACAUCCACCAGUGUGGAAAGUGUGGGAAAGACUUCAUUCAGAUGUCAUCCCUUUUACUACAUAAGAAAAUUCACAGUGGAAAGAAAAUACACAAAUGCAAUAAAUGUGGGAGAGGCUUCAAUAAGAAAUCAGCCCUUGUUAUACAUAAAAAAAUUCAUAGUGGAGAGAAAACCCAUGAAAGUAAGAAGGCUAUAAGUCUGAGUCCACAGCAGAAAAUUUAUCAUUUAGAGAAUCCUUAUAAAUGCAGAGAAUGUGGAAAAUCCUUUAAUAGGAUUUCAUCCAUUAUGCUUCAUCAGAGAUGUCACAUGUCAAAGAAACCCUACAAAUGUGAUAAAUGUGAGAAGGUCUUCAGGCGGCUUUCAACUCUAAUUCUACAUCUAAGAAUUCAUAAUGGAGAGAAACUGUAUAGAUGCAGUAAAUGUGAGAAGGUUUGUAAUCGGCAUUCAUCCCUUAUUCUACAUCAGAAAGUUCAUACAAGGAAAAAGAAAUUGUUUGAAUGUAAGGAAUGUGGGAAGAUGUUUUCUGGAACUGCCAACCUUAAAAUACAUCAGAAUAUUCAUUCUGAAGAGAAACCCUUCAAAUGCAAUAAAUGUAGUAAAGUUUUUGGCCGUCAGUCAUUUCUUAUUGAACAUCAGAGAAUUCAUACUGGAGAAAAACCGUAUCAGUGUGAGGAAUGUGGAAAAGCCUUUAGUCAUCGAAUAUCUCUUACUCGACAUAAGAGAAUUCAUACUGAAGACAGACCCUAUGAAUGUGAUCAAUGUGGGAAGGCCUUCAGCCAGAGUGCACACCUUGCCCAACAUGAAAGAAUUCACACUGGAGAAAAACCAUAUAUGUGCAAAACAUGUGGGAAGGCCUUUAGUCAACGCACAUCCCUUAUUCUACAUGAAAGAAGUCAUACUGGAGAGAAACCAUAUGAAUGUAAUGAAUGUGGUAAGGCAUUUAGCAGUGGCUCGGAUCUUAUUCGGCAUCAGAGAAGUCAUUCUUCAGAGAAACCAUAUGAAUGUAGUAAAUGUGGGAAGGCAUAUAGUCGGAGUUCAUCCCUGAUCCGACAUCAGAAUACACAUUCUGAAGCCAAAGCCUAAGUGUUUUAAUAUAUGAAAGCAUAGAGUGAGGCUGUCAAAGUAGCAGAGACCAAGGCAUGGAAAAUGCAUUUGUCUAUAAGAUAAAUUUUGUAAAAAUGAGACCACUUGAUAAUGUGCCUCAUUUUGAAAGCCAAAGAACAAAAGUCAUUGGUGACUUUGACCAGAUGAUUUGUAAUCAGUGAGGCAGUGACUUUAUCAAAGAUCUUAACUUCAAAGUAGUAAGGUCAGACAGUUGGAGCACUCAUUUUUAAUGAAGACCACUCUUCACUUGAUAAGAAUUACUGAUAUUUUAUUUCCAUUGUAAUUUAAAGGUAUUUCAUUAGUCACAUAAAACAAGGUACAUCUGCUAAGUCCAUAUUUGUAGAUGGGUCUUUGAGCCUGAUUUAAGGUCACAUGAAGAAAGAGUUUGAGGUUGUCCCUUAGGCCUGGAACUAUCACAUAUAAGAGAUUUCUUGGGCAAACCAGUGUGCUGCUUCCAGCUGACAGAAAAUUAUGGCUGAGAAAAAAGAGUGAGUCUUGAAGUAAAGGUAUCACUCAUAAAUGUGUGAAUCAUUACCAUAUUGUCUCCAUAUGAAGAUAUAUGAUGUUCAUUGUGUGUAAAAUCUAACAAGCCUGUGGUGGGCUAAUGGGAAAAAGGAAACCAGGAUAUACUGAAGAAUGAGAACUUAAAAGCAGGGAAAAAUUAUUUGUUACUGUUUUGUUUGAAAAUAAAUGUGUUUAUAAAUGUGUUUA